AUGAAUCAGCAAGAAAAUGAUGAAAAUGUAUAUUUAGAGCAAGGAAAUGAUGAGCUUGUAUUAUCAGCCGUACAUCUCUCCCCAACAAAUCCAUCACCAUAUUCUAGAAAUUUGCAGACUACAAUAUUCAGCUCCAUAGACCACUCCAUAAAUAUCUCCAUUAAUCACAAGCUCGGCACCACAAUCGAACUGGUUGGAUUGCAAGUAUGGGGAGGGUGUCUAUUGCUACUGGACUAUCUACAUAAUUGCAACAGCGUCAAAGGCAGCUGCAUUCUCGAAAUUGGCUCUGGUACGGGAUUGGCAUCUAUAUAUGCAGCCCUGCUAGGGUGUACACGUGUGUAUUCCACCGAUAUUGAUACUUCUGAUGCUGAUAGCUCGGAUGGAACUAGUUUGUUUGAGCUACAGACACUCAAUAUUAAAGCCAACCACAUAGACAAUAUAGUCGUAGUCAGGGAACUAGAUCUGACUGAUGGAUCACAUCCUAUAUACAAAUCUCAAAGCAUUGAAACUGAUUCUGUAUCGACAGAAUCUAGUGACUAUAAAUGGACGCCAAUAGACUUGACGGACGUGGCAGAGAAUUGCAAGCUGAUUAUAGCUGCAGAUAUAAUAUAUGACGACUCUCUGACCUUUCAGUUUGUAUGUCGACUGCCUGACUUACUGGUCAAUGGGAGACAAUUAAUCCUGGCUCUGGAAAAACGAGUAAACUUCACCCUGGAAGACAUGGAAGCAAGAGCACAUGCGAGAGACUUCUUACGCCAUACCUUACAAGCUUUAAACGCUGAUCGGGAAGAGGAAAAGUUGGCGGUGGUUGGUUUUGAAGUUGUGGAUCUAGAGACAAUCCCACAAGUCUUUGAAUAUGAAAGAAGUCAAGACUUGGAGUUGUAUCGCUUCUGGCUGUAA